AUGGCUACCAACGCUAUUAAGCUGCUGGCACCAGACGUUCACCGCGGUCUUGCGGAACUUGUGGCCAAAAGACUAGGCCUUAAACUCACGGAUACCAAACUCAUAAGAGAUCCUACUGGCGAGGUAUCUUUCUCGAUCCAAGAGUCCGUGAGAGACCAAGACAUAUUUAUCAUCACGCAGAUUGGGUCUGGGGUUGUCAACGAUCGGGUUUUGGAACUCUUGGUCAUGAUCAACGCAUGCAAAACAGCUUCUGCGAGAAGAAUCACUUCAGUGCUGCCAAAUUUCCCUUAUGCCAGACAGGACAGGAAAGACAAGAGCCGUGCGCCCAUCACGGCCAAGCUCAUGGCUGAUAUGUUGACCACAGCGGGCUGCGAUCAUGUAGUGACCAUGGAUCUUCAUGCAUCCCAAAUUCAGGGGUUUUUCGAUGUGCCAGUAGAUAACCUGUAUGCCGAGCCCAGUGUUGUGCGUUACAUUCGGGAAAACAUAAAUUUCAGCGAGGCCAUAAUCAUCUCCCCCGAUGCUGGUGGUGCUAAAAGAGCUGCCGCUUUGGCUGAUAGAUUGGACCUAAAUUUCGCUUUGAUUCACAAAGAAAGAGCGAGAGCCAAUGAAAUCUCCAAAAUGGUGCUGGUGGGAGAUGUCACCGACAAGAUUUGCAUCAUUGUGGAUGACAUGGCAGACACAUGUGGAACUCUAGCUAAAGCAGCAGAAGUUCUUCUGGAAAACCGCGCAAAAUCGGUCAUUGCUAUUGUGACACACGGUGUACUCUCGGGCAAAGCCAUUCAGAACAUCAAUAACUCUAAGCUUGACAGAGUCGUCUGCACUAGCACAGUACCCUUCGAGGAGAAAAUGAAGUUGUGUCCCAAAUUGGCUGUUAUAGACGUCAGUGCCGUUUUAGCAGAGAGCAUUCGUCGUUUGCACAACGGUGAGAGUAUUUCGUAUCUAUUCAAGCACUCUCCGCUAUGA